AUGAUCAGCGAGGAGUGGCAUCAGCGCCUGAAGAAGCUGCGCAAGGCGGCAGGCAUGACAGUGCCGUGCACGUGCACCGCGCUCCUCUUCAGCUUCCUAGCAGCCGGCCUCGGGGGCCUGUCAAGAGGCGCCUUGGACGACGAGCGCCUAGAGGGCACGCGCAACAUCGCGCAGACUGCGCUGUUUGCUGUGCUCACGGCCAAUGCGGUUGUGGCCCCCUAUAUGGGCGAGAGCGUGCUGAGGACAACGCAGAGGCUGUUGGGCAACGUCGUGGGCACGCUCAUAUUCAUCUGGGUGGCCUUGUACCAACAGAGAUGGCUGGUGCUGAUCACCAUUCCCAUUUAUGCCUUCAUUGUCUGCGCGGCGCGCUACUCUAUAUUCGUGGUCGACGGAGAAUAUGGCUCAUAUCAGUCAUUGACCCUGUCGUUCUCAGUGGCUCUGCUAGUAGAGCGCAGCCACGCCUACAUCGUUGCAGCAGCCACCUGGCGCACCACUGGGCUGUGCUUGGGCAUUCUGUCGAUGAGUUUAUUCCUGACAAUGAUACCCAACGCCAGCACCAAGGAGGCACGUCCUUGGGGCCUGCACAUUGGCGACAAGCUGGGCGACGCGCUGCGCGGCCUGGCGAAGCUCACCAACACCCUGGCCCAGUCCAAUGAACAGCUGGCAGCCCUUGCAGAGGAAGAGAAAGCGGCUUUUGACCAAGAGGAGGCUUUUUUCGAAAGCGUUGAUCCAACAGCUGACGCGGAUGAUGACGCGGAGGAGGGGGACGAGGAGGGCAGCGGUGACGGCGAGGGCGACGGCGACGGCGAGGAACAAGACGUUGAGGAUGAGAUGCCGCUGUCUCGGGCUGAGAGGGUGGCCUUGCUAAAGGCGGACGUGGUGAAGCAGGCGGCGGCAGUUGGAAAGCUCAUAAGGCAGGUCAACUCUUUGCUCGUCAACACUGGGUAUGAGAUCUACGUCGGCACGGUGUUUGGCACCAGGCUUUUCCUGCCGCUGCCGCGACGCGGCACCGGCAUCCCGGUCGGCCCCGUGGUGCAGGUAACUGCCCGCAUGGCGGAGCUGCUGCACCUGCUAUCGGGGCUGCAGGGCGACCUUGAGGCGCUCAGCGGCGUAGGCAAGGCCGGCCGCCACCGCGGGGCCGGCGGCGGCAACCGCGAAGCUCUGCUGCAGGCUUAUGGCGGCGCCGACGUCGCCGCGGAGGCGCUGGCGGCUGCUGAGAAGGCCCUUGAGGUGGGGACCCGGCCCAACGAGUAG